GCAGUUAAUCGUUUUCUUCGGGGCCAUGUCCGGUCCGGAAACUGUUGCUUCAUCAGCGCCCCCAACCAUGGACGACCAACAGUCAGCCGCAUCCGGCAGCCUGCUGUAUGACAUCGUGUACGAAAUCAUCAGCAGCCCGGUCAACCUGGCGCUGGUCGGUAUCAUCUCGUUUUUGCUGUACAAGAUCAGCAAAAGCCGCCAGCCACCGGCAACACUGCCACCGCCACCGCCCGAACUGCCCCGGUUGCGCCGGGACUUUACCGUCGCCGAGCUGAAGCAAUACGACGGUACGCAACCGGACGGGCGUGUGCUAACGGCCGUCAACGGGAACGUGUACGAUGUGACCAAGGGCAAGGCUUUCUACGGUCCAGGCGGAACGUACGCAGUAUUCGGUGGCCGUGAUGCAUCGCGCGGGUUGGCUACAUUCCAAAUUACCAGCUCGUUCAGCGAUGAGUAUGAUGACCUGAGCGAUCUUAAAUCACACGAGAUGGAAUCGAUGCGCGAAUGGGAAAUGCAGUUCAAGGAAAAGUACUAUCUCGUUGGACGUUUGCUAAGACCGGGCGAGAAACCGACAAACUACUCCGACGAAGAUGAAGAUACACCAACGGACAGUUCGGAUGUGCGGAAGCGUACGACCGCCUCUGCUACGAAAGCUACGGAAGGAUCGACCACCAGCGCUACUGGUGCUGCUGCAUCGUCGCCAUCGUCGUCGUCGCAAGAAAGGGAACAGAGCGUCGACAGUAAGGCGCCGGGUGAUGUUGGUGAUGCAGCAUCCUCAGUCGGAACUGAGUCGGACAAGCCGAAAGCCGAGUGACGAUCCCCCAUGCCCACGCAGAAGUGUCAACCGUUGCAGCCCGAUUCGUUGAUUGACGAUAUGCUUGCCAACCGCAUGAAAGUCAACAGCCAACUAGAACAGCAGCAACA